AUGAUCGCCAGAUCGAAAACCACUGCAUCAUGCUUGUUCUUUCUGCUUCUUUCAUUCUACAUCUUCAUGUCUCAUGAUUCCGAUCACACUGGAUCACGGCGGUCGUCAUUCCACAUGUGGACUAUGAUCGCAGGUGUUCUGUUGAUUGGAGGUUUGAUGGCAGUUAUGGUGAGAGCCACCAUCGUGACGUGGACCAUGGUGCUGGUGAUGAUGGCUUUUGCAGGGAAACGCCGCCGUGUACUGGCGGUGGAAGGGAGGAAGAUCACCGGAGAUGUUGCAAUGCAUUUGUUGAAAGUCGUGAUCAAAGAGAGAAGCAUUGUUGCUGUUGCUUGUGCUACAUUUUUGAGUUCCAUCGCCAUGGUUUGGGUUGCGUGA